AUGUCAAUCGCGCGGGUAUUGGUCAUUGCGGGAUCAGACAGCUCCGGUGGCGCGGGUCUGGAAGCGGACCAGAGGGUCCUGGCUGCACAUGGCUGCUAUGCUCUUACGGCCACAACUGGUCUCACAGCCCAGAACACUUUGGGCGUGCAAGACAUCUUUGUUGUCCCCGCAGAGUUCGUGAAAAAGCAGAUUAAUGCCGGCCUGGAAGAUGUUGGCGCGGAUGUUGUUAAGUUGGGGAUGCUUUCUUCUGCAGAGACCAUUGAUGUCAUUGCUGAAGCAUUGACCGUGCACCAAGUGCCUGCGGUGGUGCUGGAUCCGGUUAUGGUCUCUACCAGCGGGUCACGUCUAUUACCUGAAGCAGCCAUUAAAGGUCUGCGCACAAAGCUUCUUCCCUUGACAACUGUUCUCACCCCCAACAUUCCCGAAGCUGUGUUGCUACUGAAAGAUGCCGGUGUGGACGUCCCAGAGCCAACAGAUCUCCCUGGCCUCAUUCAGCUCGCAAAGCAGGUCUGCUCCUUAGGUUCCAGGGGUGUCCUGCUUAAGGGCGGUCAUUUGCCGCUCACCGGUGAUAACCGGACUGCGCAGAAUCAUGAAGAGGCCUCCAAGGUUAUUGAUGUGUUUUUCGACGGAGAAGACACUACCUUGUUUGAGACUGACUAUCUGAUAUCGAAGAAUACGCACGGCACUGGCUGCUCACUUGCCUCGGCCAUAUCGGCCAAUCUCGCCCAUGGUAAGGAUAUGAGGCGGGCAGUUCAGAGCGCGGUUCGUUUUGUUGAGGCAGGUAUCAAGACUAGCAUUGAUCUCGGAAAGGGCAGUGGGCCGAUUAAUCACUUUCAUUCCUUUUACUGUCUACCAUUUUCUCCCGGACAUUUUGUAGAAUAUGUUCUAGACCGUCCUGACGUCCAACCAGCGUGGAACCGUUUCACCGAGCACGAGUUUGUCAAGAGGAUGGGAGAUGGCACACUUUCAGAGGAAAGAUUCAAGUCAUAUCUCGUGCAAGACUAUCUUUACUUGGUUCAAUUUGCCCGGAGCAACGCCCUAGCUUCAUACAAAGCUGGAGACAUGGAGUCCAUUGCUGCGUCAGCCAAGAUUGUUCUACACAUCCAACGUGAGACCGCGUUGCACCUCGAUUACUGUGCGUCCUUUGGUCUUUCGAAAGAGCAAAUGGAGAGCACCCCGGAAACCAUUGCAUGCACCGCAUACGGCCGGUAUAUCCUUGAUAUCGGACAAUCGCAGGAUUGGCUUGCAUUGCAGGUGGCUCUUGCACCUUGCUUACUCGGGUACGGGGCAAUUGCACAAAGGUUGUACAGCGACAAGAAGUCUCUCCGCGAGGGCAACCGGUACUGGAAGUGGAUUGAGAACUAUGUGGCGGAGGACUACACAGAAGCCGUGCGCUUAGGAUCUGAACUACUUGAGACGCAUAUGCGACAGGUUUCGCCCAGUCGAGUGGAAGAAUUGAUCAAGAUCUUCAUACGAGCGACGGAGUUGGAGAUUAGCUUCUGGGACAUGGGACUGGGUGGCAAACAUUUGUAG